AUGGCAAAAGAAGAUACAACAUCUUUAAAACCUCAUCAUCAUUCUAAACAUCCAUUUUAUCAAACAAAAACAUUUCGUUUAUUAUCAAUGCUUUCAUUAACAUUUACAUAUUUUAUUAUUGAACUUGUUGUUGGUCAAAUAACAAAUUCCGUUGCAUUGGUUGCUGAUGCAUUUCAUAUGUUAUCUGAUGUUAUAUCAUUAGUUAUUGCUAUUGUUGCUGUUAGAAUGUCUAAACGUAGUUCACUUAAAAAUACAUAUGGAUGGGUACGUGCUGAAGUUGUUGGUGCAAAUAUAAAUACAGUUUUUCUACUUGCAUUAUGUUUAACUAUUGUAUUUGAUGCUAUCAAACGUUUUAUUCAACCGGAACCAAUUGAAAAAGUUAAUUUAUUAUUAAUUGUUGGUUCAAUUGGUUUAGGAAUUAAUAUUAUUGGUCUUUUCUUAUUUCAAGGAUUUCAUGGACAUUCACAUGGAGGUGGUUCUCAUGGACAUUCACAUAAAAAAAGUUCUCAUGGACAUUCACAUAAAAAAAGUUCACAUGGACAUUCAAAUGAAAAUGAUUCACAUGGACAUUCACAUGAGAAUGAUUCACAUGGACAUUCACAUGAAAAUGAUUUACAUGAACAUUCACAUGAGAAUAAUUCAAAUGAUCAAACAGAUAGAAACUCAAGAGAAAAUGUCGAAAUAAAUGAUUUUCCGGAAUUAGAAGAAAUAUCUAACAAAUUUGACAGACAUAGUACACGAGCAUUACAAGAAGCUAUUGCUGAAUGUGUACAACAAAAUAAUGAACAAUCAGAAACAGUUAUCGAAAUGGAUGAUAAUAAUAACGGUGAUAGCAGUACAAGUAAACCAAAAAAUAAAGGAUCAAUGAAUAUGCAUGGAGUAUUUUUACAUGUAUUAGCUGAUGCACUCGGUUCAGUGGUUGUUAUAAUUAGUGCUUUAAUAAUUAAAUUUGUUCCAAAUCCUUCAGAUGAUAAAAAACAUUGGACAAUUUAUGUUGAUCCAACUCUAUCAGUUAUUAUUAUUAUCAUCAUAACAAUAUCUACUGUUCCAUUGUUUAGAGAAACCUCUUAUAUUUUAUUACAAGUAAUACCAAAACAUCUUGAAAUUGAUACGUUAAAACGUCAAUUAUUAGAUAAUGUUCCUGAAGUUCAUAGUGUACAUGAAUUACAUAUAUGGCGUUUAACAGAUGAUAAAGUUAUUGCUAGUGCACAUUUAAAUCGAAAAAGUUUAUCAAACUAUAUGUCUGUUGCUGAUAAAGUUAAAAACUUUUUUCAUUCAGUUGGUAUACAUUCUGUAACAAUACAAUAUGAAUUUGACAAUCAUAUGGACAUAGAUCAUCGACAAACAACAACAACGUCAGAUACAAACAAUCCAACGAGAGUUCCUGGUGAUUGUUUACUUCGAUGUAAAGCUGAUGAAUGUGAACCUCAAACAUGUUGUACAAUAAGUUCUAAUAGAGCGAAUACGUUAUUAAAUAAUAAUCCUAUGCAAGUAUUUUCUAUCACUCAAGCAAAUACUAAUGAAAACUCUGUACAAACUCAAACAUCAGUCAAUCAAUCUAUACAAGAUGAAAAACUAUGA